GUGUAAAACAUGUGAUGCAGUAUAGUUGUAGAAUGGCACAUGUGUUUUGGAGUUGUCGAAAACAGACAACCAACCAUUUAUAAAGUCUUCUUUUUUCUAAUGAAAUUUGGUUGGAGCACACAUCGCAUCAUUGUCUAAUCUUCUUUAGAUGCAAUCGUGUAAAAUGUGUUACAUAAAAGAUCCUACAUCGAAAGUUUUUGUAAGACAUGAAUAAUAUAUACUCCCGCUGUUUCAUAAAGAAUAUCACUUUAACCCUUUUAUUUUGUUUCAAAAUAAGCAUUAUUCUAUAUUUUCAAUGCAAUUUUUCUUAUUAAUAUUUUUUUUUAAAAAUAAUCAAUAGAUAUUUAGUUAAAUCAUUUUUAUUUAAUUAAUUGUAUAAUAAAUAACGGUAUAUUAAUAUGUUUUCUCAUUUUCUCAAUAUGUAUGUGUCUAAAUAACACUUUUUAUGAAACGGAGGGGAUAAGUGUUUUGGAUCAAUUUACUUAUUGCCAUCUUCUUAUUAAAAUAGAAACAUUAUGAUUUUUUGGUGGAUUUUUAAGAAGAAUUUUCUAUUAGAUAUACUAUAUUCUAUAAUCCUAUAAAUUAUUAAAUUAUUUAUGAUAGCAAUUUAUCAGGUAUAUCACGAUUUUAGAAAGAACGAGGUGUUUUGUCUGUACAUAUGGAUAUAAUCUUCUUACGAAUAUUUAUUAGUUUAUAUUUUGUUAAUUAAAAUAAGUUAUUAUUUCUAUUUUUGUAAGGAAAAUUAAAUCAAACAUCAAGUUACUUUUAUAAGACAAAGUUUUUCAUUAAAAUAUAUAGUACAUCAAGUUACUUUUAUAUGGCAAAUAUAUAUAUUUAAACAAGAGAAUGCAUUUACUUGAAAGGUAUAUUCAGUUACAUAAUCUUAAUUAUAAAUAUUCUAUAUUUUUGCAAACAUAUUUAUAUAAAUUUUAGCAUCUAAAUAUAUAUACCAAAUAUUUUUGGUUUAUCCCAUAUUUAAUUUCAAAAUCUUGGCUGAAACUAAGCUAUUUACACUAUAAAUACAUGAACAUAUUUGCACUUAUCUUACGUGGUCUUAAAAUUCCAACUCAAAACCCUCGAAUUAUUCUCAUAUUCUAUCAUCUGAUAAAAUUUCGUCUAUCAAAAUCAUAAAAAGAUGUGAAACCCAGGUCCGUUUCUGUGUAUAUGCUAUAUGAACGUUUAAUAGACUAACGUGUUAUAUGAAAUUACAUGUAUGAGAAAAAAAAAAUAGUGUUGUACAAGACACCUUUUGGUAAACAUCAUUUAGUAAACAUCAUUUUGCUUGUUGGUGAUACACUUCAUUUUUUUACUUAUGAAAACCCAUUUACCUUUUUAGAUAUAAUUCAAAAUAUUAAUUAAAAAUACUUCAAAGCUAUUAAAAAAAUACAGUAUAACAAUAAACUUAGAGAAAAUCAUAAUAAACAACAAGAAAAUACUAUUCAUACUCUCAAAAUAUGUAGCAUUAACUUAUUUAAUUUUAUAUAAAUUUAUAUCACAAAUAUAUAUAUGAUGAAGUAAUAUGCACAUUUAAUCUAGUUGAUUAUAAAUUGGAACCCAGUAAACUUAACAUUAUAUCAAAGUGGAUUCACAUCAAUAUUGAUCUUAAAAGUGCAUCGAUCAUCCCACUAAUUGAUAGCUCAUGGAAAGCUCAAUUCCAUCAAAAUAACUACUAUUAGUAUAAAUACAUAAGAGAUUUGGGCUAAUAAAUUUACUGUCAGUUGGUUUAAAGUUAGAAUACCAGAAGACUUAAUAAAAAAUGAGACUCUAUGGGUAACGCAUCGACCCACCAACAUUCAUGACCCCAUGUCCACUCUCAACCCGUGAACCUCACCUUCAUUCGGCGUCCAGUGCCUUGUCGGAAAGGCUCGUUCGACUUGAUAUACUUACCCGAAAAACACGCAGCUUUCUGAUAGAUCACCUAUCAUUUGAUUGAUUCAACUUAAGCACGUUUAACUCUGGAGUUUUCUCCGGAUGGUUAACCGAAAAAGUAAGUAAACUAUGUGUCAUAGAUAAUCCAAAUCAACUCUUAUAAGCCCUUUCCACCUUACUACCACAAAUCCAGGACACUACACUACACAUCCUCUUCGUGUCUCCUUACAAUUCCUCUUGUUUUCAUGUCACCGUUGAUAAAAACACCAAACAUUAUCUUAAAAUACAAGCAACACUAAAUCUGGAGUUCUUGAAAGAUAGAUCAAUGGAGAACGGAACUUCCUCUGCAGCCAAUCAGACAAUUCCCCUUCUCACACCAUUCUCAAUGAGAAACUUCAAUCUUUCUCACAGAAUAGUUAUGCCAGGGAUGGCGAGAAUGAGAUCAUACGGCAACGUUCCACAACCUCACGCCGCCAUGUAUUACUCUCAGAGAGCAACGCCGGGAGGUCUUCUCAUCACCGAAGCCACCGGAGUUUCAGAAACCGCCAUGGCGUAUCAUGACAUGCCAGGGAUAUGGAAGAAAGAACAAAUCGAAGCAUGGAAGCCUAUCAUUGACGCCGUUCAUUCUAACGGCGCCGUCUUCUUCUGUCAGCUCUGGCACGCCGGUCGCGUUUCUCAUCGAGAUUCUCAGCCAAAUGGUGAAGCUCCGAUCUCUUCUACGGAUAAGCCUCUCGCCGAGACUUCAUCCAACGAGUUCACAACAUCCGACGAAUUCACACCUCCGAGGCGGCUAAGGACCGACGAGAUCCCAAACAUUGUAAAUGAUUUUCGUCUCGCUGCAAGAAACGCUAUAGAAGCUGGUUUUGAUGGAGUGGAGAUCCAUGGCGCACACGGCUACUUGAUCGACCAGUUUAUGAAGGACACUGUCAACGACCGAACCGACGCUUACGGCGGAUCUCUCGAGAACCGAUGUAGAUUCGCGCUGGAAGUAGUCGAAGCUGUGACGAACGAGAUCGGAUCUGACCGCGUUGGAGUCAGACUCUCUCCGUUCGCGAACUAUAUGCAGUCGGGAGAUACAGAGCCUCAAAAGCUAGGUGUUUACAUGGCAAAGUCUCUGAAUAGAUUCAGAACACUCUAUUGCCACAUGGUUGAGCCGAGGAUGAAAACAGCCACUGAGGCUUUCGAAUGCACUGAGUCGCUUACGCCGAUGAGGAAGGCGUUUGAAGGAGCGUUCAUCGUCGCCGGAGGUUAUACAAGAGAAGACGGGAACAAGGCGGUGGCGGAGGGAAGAACCGACCUGGUGGCGUAUGGGAGACUGUUCUUGGCGAAUCCAGAUUUGCCAAGAAGAUUUAAACUCGACGCGCCGCUGAAUAAGUACGACAGAACAAGUUUUUAUACUUCUGAUCCUGUCGUGGGUUAUACUGAUUACCCUUUUCUCGAGACAGAACCUUAAGGUUUUGUCUUUUUUUUUUUUACUUUCCAUUUUUUCAGCUGCUGUAAUAAUCUUACAAGUUGUUAAAAGCAUACAAUUUGUUUACAUUAUAGCCAUAGCAAGUUGUUCACAUUA